GGGGGGGGGGGAGGAGCUACCUGUAUGCGCCACCAAAUAGCUCGCCCUUCUGUACACAUACGAAAUGCAGGCUGUUUCAAUGAAGUCAUAGUAAUCUUUCCAGUUUACACGUUUGAUGAGUUGUUAAAAAAUUGGCUUAAUUUUUCUUUAAUUUUUCAAGAUACACAAACUCUGUAAAUACACCGUACGACACUUAACUGUACAUCAAAGUCUCGCUUUGCAAAUAUAAUUCAGCAGUGAACUCGUUAAGAAAUCAGUUUCUGUUGGGUGCCAUACUAUUGUAAACAUUAAACAUGGCUUCUGGAUCUUCCGACCUAAUCCGGCUAAGGAGGCACGACACUGCAACCCCGUGGGGGUUUCGCCUUCAGGGUGGACGAGACUUUGGACUACCUUUGUUCAUUGUCAACGUGUCUCCCAAAGGUAUAGCUGGAAAGGCGGGCUUACAGAACGGGGAUGCCGUACUCCAGAUCUGUGGGACGAGCGUGGCGGGUUGGACACACCAACAAGCUAAGAAUGAGUUAAUUAGGGCCGGAAAUGAGGUGGACCUUUGUGUAGCAAGAGGCAUGGUCAAUACGUCGGAUCCCAAGGUGAAGGCUGCAUGUGGCGUGGGUCAGACUGACAAGAGAGUGGAACUGGACGAAGGAAGCAUCAACCCACACAUGAACGAGGGAACGAAGUUUAGAAAUGUUACACCAAAAACUUACAAGAUCCUGGAGGCUCAGCUGGGAUCUGAACCCUUGCCCCCAGCUGUGGCACAACAGCCAGCGCAGAAUAUGGCACCAGUGUAUUCGCAACAAGCGCCAGCGCAGGCGAAACCGUCAUCGAUCUUUGACAGAAAGAAGACCGAGAGAUCUGACUAUUUAGUGGCACAGGGGAACACAAUCCAGAAAAGUUAUGGAGAGCAGUAAAAGGAGUUAUCUAGCCUUACUUUUUUUUUUCUUCCUUCCAGCUUGUAGAUCUUGCAGCAUGGUUAAUAGAUAGAUGAAAUCAGAAAGAUAGUCUUUUUUUUUUGUUCCAAGAUAUUAGACUGCCAAGAAA